UAUUAGCAUCAAUACCGGACCAAUUCAUAUAUCAACCCCUACUCGAGCAAUUUAUUCGACCUAUUAGUGAAGGUAUUUUUUCAGAUUUAGCUUUGCUAGAAGGUUUAACCCAAGUAAUUCAAAACGGUAAUUCCGAAUUCUUGGACGAAAAUAGUGCAGAUGGAUUAGUUCAAAUAUUAAAAAUUCUAGCAAAGCGUUUGCAAGAAACCCAUUAUCAAGAGGGUGGGAAUACACUCUAUAAACUCACAGAGGUCAUUUCUUAUCUUUUGGAUGCCAUGGCGGAUAUUAAUAUAACAAGCCUAAGCCGAGAAAAAUUACACGGGCCAUUAUAUGAAAAGCUUCGGGACUUGAGUGAAAGCAACAAUUCUGCGUUAGCCUAUCAAGCAAAGUAUGCUUGUCAGGCAUUGUUGCAUGUACCUAAUGACGAACAACCGUGGCAAAGUAUCAUACGUCGCACCCUUAAUAUAACUGGAGGUGUUUUGGCUAUAGCAAGUUCAAUUAGAACAUUUGAUCCUUCACAAUUAAUUAGUGCAUUCGAAAGCUUCAGUAAGGCAUUCGAAGGAUUACCCGAGGUUAUGAAGAAUAUUCAGGAAAUCUUUGACGGGUGUAUGAGUAUUAGCGAAGCCCUAAAGAUUGAUAGUCUAAAACCCUGGUAUUCGGCUCUUCGAUACACCGACCUUCUUAUUCAGAGCAAUAAAUUGGUUGAGUUGGAAAUAUUUGUAAGAAAGGUUCCUUGCGGCAAGAAGCCAGAAUUUUUGUGGGGUUUUUGCAAACAAUUGGAGCGUCUAGCUAAUACCCACUCAGAUGACAGUAUAAGAAAAAAGGCCUUAGAAUUUUUAGAAGACGUGCAUAAGAAUACAGCUGACUGGGGUCCUCAUUGCCCGUAUCCUCAAGAUGGUCAGUUGUUGUCGAAGUUUUCUGUGCCACUGUCAGAAACUCCUUUUCCAACCUCCCUGUUAGAUGCCGUCCAGAAGCGUCCUGCUGUUAAAAAAGAUUUACUGAAACUUAAACAAAAAGAUUUACGGAAACUUGAAGAUAAUGAGGAUAAAAACUUAAAUAUCAACGAUAUUUAUAUUGACCCCCAAGGGAAAUUUUCUAUUAAUGAUACGGUCACCUUUCCAUUACUUGACAAGGUUAAUGAACUUUUACAAGAUCCUAGAAAGAAAAUAUUGCUCUUGUUAGGUGAUCCGGGUGCAA